CUAACUUCUACCAAAUUUCGAAAACAGACUGCAACAAUUUUACAGAUUAUGGACAUUAAUAAUACUGACAUGGAACAAUUAGCCAUUUUUAUGGGCCAUACAAAAAAAACCCAUGAAGAAUGGUAUAGUUGUAAUAUUUUUUAGACUUCCUCAAGAUCUAUACCAGACUGCAAAAAUAGCCAAACUAAUGAUCGCUUUGAAUAAAGGUGAUGUUAAUAUUUACAAAGGAAAGAGCUUAGACGAUAUCAAUAUAGAAGAAAAUGACUACUUGGAAAUUGAAGACAUAGAAACAGAAGUAAAUGAAAUAAAUGAAAAAGAAUUAACAGAGCCUACUCAUUCUUGGAGUCCUAAAAGUAAUUUUAGCGAUGUAACCGACGAAAAGAUUGAACAAGCUAAUAAAAAUGAAAAAGUUUCGUCGAAGGGUAAAAGAAAGUUAUUUACCCAUGAAAUGACGCAUCCAAUGCAAAAUAAUAAAGUUACAAAAAGAAAGGAGGUGCCAACUACUGAAAAAACCGAAAGCACUUCAAAUGCGAUUGCAAGGCACCGAUGGACCGAAAAGGACAAACAAACUAUGCUUAAAUACUUUACAAGAUUCAUAAAAGAAAAAAGGGUUCCGAAAAAAGCAGACGUACAGAAAUUUAAAAAAAAUAAAGCUGGAGAAAACUUUCAAUCAAUUGAUUGGGUAAAAAUUAAAACGUUUGUUUACAAUUCUUACAGAGUGUAGUUUUUGUGAAGUUUUUUAUUAAAUAACGUGUUUCUAAA